AUGGGUUCCAUUUCUGCCAUUCACCAUAUCGAGUUCAUUGUGUCCAAUGCUUUGCAGUCCGCCUAUUGGUACUGUAGCUGUUUUGGAUUUGAGAAGUUUGCGGAGAAAGUUACAAAAGAAUCGACGAGUAUAGCACUGAGAAAUGGAACGGUCAGUCAUUGGAUAAUAUUGAACGAUUGAUUCCCAAUGCAUCUUUUUUCCAGGCCCGGGUCAUCAUUACAUCCUACAACUGCCAGAACAUGUACAACGAACAAUUGAUAAAGCACGGAGACUUCAUCAAAGACGUCGCUUUCCGUGUUGACUUCUUGGACGGUGUUUUGCAGGUGAAUAUAUCAUUUCAUUUCCAUAUCUAUUUCCAUUCCACAUCUCCAUUAUUUUCGGUUGAGCUGAAGUCAGACAGGUGAAAAACGGUAACUCGGGGGUUGAGUCGAGGCAUGUCAUAAUGAUGUAGAGGUUCUGUGAGUAAAGCUGAUAAUCUGAUUGUGUGUUGUGUCUGAUAAGAAAAUCGAAUCAUAAAAGAGCAAUCAGAGCAGAUGGGGAAAAAAACGUUCGCAAGACUCAAUUGGAUUAUGAAAUCAUUGAAUACUCAAUCCAUUCUUUGGUCACAAAGGUUAUUCCAAAUAGUUUUACACUUUUAACCAAAAAAAGAAAAGCACUGCUCUGACGUAUCAGACUAUAGUUAUACUUUUAUGUUUUCCAUGUCAAUUCCACAAACAGAACGUGCAUUUCACAAGAGGAAUGGAAAAGAGACAUAAUGUGGGAUUUGAAAAGAAAUAGAAACGUUUAUUUCAGAAUUUAAUGGAGAAUGACAUCAAAGUCAUUCAGCAAGGAGAAACAACGACAAAAGAGGGAAUAGUGCGCACUGCAACUUUACUUGCUGACGUGAGAAAAACUCCAAAUUUGAAAACAAAUAAAACGUUUUUUGCAGGGAAGCGAUGUCACGCAUACACUGUACGAGCUCAAUGUUUUCCAUGGAAACUUCCUUCCUCAUUUUACACCGACUCAAAAUUUCGAGCUUUUUAACAAGAUGUAGCUCUAUUUCUAAAACAUAAAAACUGCAAAAAGUAUUUUUCAGCGAAAGAAUGCCUGCAAUUCUGAUGGACCAUGUUGUACAAAACUAUCCAGUCGGAGAGAUGGAAGCAGCCGCCGAUUGGUAUUACAAAACAAUGAAAUUGAAGAGAUUCUGGUCAGUUGACGACAAAGUUGCCACGUCACAAUACUCGGCGAUGAGUGCAUGGCUUCUGGUGAAUGAGGACCACACCGUUCAGAUGACACUGGCAGAGGGUGUCAAAGGAAGAAAGGGGAAAAGUCAAAUUGAGGUGAGUUUUCAGAAUGAGAUUAACUUAUUCUCAGCCAAUUGUUGCAGGAAUUCAUCAGUUUCCACGGUGGGUCCGGAGUCCAACAUUUUGCUUUGCUCGUUGACGACAUCAUCAGUGCUGUUCAAUUGAUGAAAAAGCGAAGUGUUGAGUUUCUCACGAUUCCCGACGAGUACUACAACAUACUGGAGGACAGACUGAAAAAGACAAAUUUGAAUGUCAAGGAAGACUUGAAGACGGUCAGCUUCCUUCAUAAAAUGAAUUUUAUUCUGUAUUUUAGAUCCGGAAACUGAACAUUUUGAUGGAUUUUGACGAAAAUGGAUAUCUUCUUCAAAUUUUCAGUAAGCCGAUGCAAGACAGGCCUACACUUUUUGUGGAAAUCAUUCAGAGGGCUAAUUUUAAGGUAUCUAAUUCAACAAUUCGUUUUCUAUGAGCGUUUUUUCCACAGGGUUUCGGUGCCGGUAAUUUCAAGGCCCUGUUUGAUGCAGUCGAGAGGGAACAGGAGAAACGAGGAACACUCUUCUAA